AUGAUAUUCCCCAGAACCUAUACAGGACUAUUCCGCAAUAUAUCCAUACGACACAACUCCACCACGGCUCAAUCAUACAUUCGCCCCAAACCAAAGCUAUAUUCACUUUUGAAAACACCAACAACAAAAUCAUUAAUACUUUCACUUAUAUGUACAUCAGUCAUGAUUGAUUUACUCAAGAUCCGUCGUGAUUUAGACUCGUUGCAGCAUUCAUAUACGAUGAAGUUUGCUUUGUUGGGUGAAAUCAUUACUAAGCUAACACGUGGUGAUUUGAUUGAUUUGGACAAAGAAUUGAAAUUGGCCAAUGCCUUCACCAGCGAGACGAAAUAUGGAUCGGUCCACGAUGUUGAAUUGGAUCAGGAGUUGGAAGAGUUUUUGAAAUUAGUUGAACUGGAUGAUGGUGGAAAGCAAGCAGAGCAAGGUGGUGACAGCGUAGGUACAUAUUUAUAG